AUGUAUGCCAAUUUCCACGUUAAACAGAAAACAACGUCGAUCUUGAGGCAGCAUCGAGUUAUCCUGCGACUGGGCUCCGUCCUCAUCGACGUCGAUGGGGAUCCAAUUACUUACCUCUUGGUUCGUUUGUGCAUCCGUGUCAAGAAUGUAGACAGGAAUGCUGUCCCAAGCCGAGUCAUGGAAAUACUGUCUCUCAUCCGGAUCCAUAAUAAGCUGAUAGAAAAGUACCGUGCUGGGGUCUUACAAUUGUUGGUACAUUCCGGGAAAGUCCCAGAGAUCCUUCCUCUGAGAACCAGGGUUAAUGUCCAGAAUAGAACGCCAUACUCAGCGCCAGAUGUCUCUUUGAUCUUGGACUUUUCCUCCAACAGAGACUGCAGAUGCUUCUUGGAUAGCAUCAGUUUGAAUCGCAUCUAUGCCUUCCUUAGGCCAGACAACGUGGGUAGCCGUCUGCCCGCACUGGGGAGCCGGACUCUCCGUAGCUUUCACACUAUACGAGACAGUGCUGGUGGAAUAUGUGUCGACACAAAACGGUCGGCGAUGGUGGCCAUAGAACACAACGUGAUAUUCGUCACCGUGGCCGUCGAGUCUAAGUCGGUCAAAGCACAGCCGGUGAUGGUUGCGCAUGCUGGUGUCACGGAUGAUGUGCCUAGUGUUUUAUUUACCGUGUCAGAUACCGAGACUUGA